CUCGUAAACUCGACGGUCUAUCGCGCGAUAAGCGAGAGCCCGGAAUUUCGCUCGUUUAAUUGUUUGCCUCCUCCUUCCUUUUUCUCAAUCUCUUCGGCAUUGACUCCUCGCGCUGGGCGACAAGCCGACAACCGACUGAAGGCCUUGGCCGGUUCAGCCGGUCGGUCAGUCAGUCAGUCAGUCGAGGGCCCGGCCGGCCUUCGGAGCGCGUGCCGUCGCAGGCCUUGAGCGGUGGGAGCCCCAAUUGUGAGAUUUCUGAGCGAUCGCUUACCUGUCCGUGCUUGUCCAUCUCGUUGUUGGUGAGCUUGACCUUCUCGAAGGAGACGACCUGCUUCCUCAGCUGCUCGCCCUUGAACGGCGAGUCCGGGUGCAUGUAGAGCCUGGCCGGCGCCGGCGGGUCGGCCUUGCCGGCCACCAGCCACGAGCUCUUGUGGUAGGCGUAGCGGUAGCGCUUGUUGUCCACCGGCACGAUGUCCAUCACCACCGCGUACUGGUGCUCCGGCUUGAGCCCGCUGAACGAGACCCGACACGUCGGGAACAUCCGCCUGCAACAUUCGAACCAUAACCUCUCCGGUUAAGCAGAUGACUCGGUCGGUCGCCGAUUCGCCGUUCGCGGCCAACUUCGCUCUGCGGAGUCAGACGCAGCCCGUGUCAAAAUCAAUCGUCUCAAUCGUCUCAAUCGUCUCAAUCGUCUCAAUCGUCUUUCACAUCGUCAUCGCGACGCUCGGCGGCGAGCCUCCCCCAGCCCGAGCAUGAGGAAGCCGGCGUGCGACGGGAGGCCGCGCGUCUGCCCGGGCGAGUGCAACCCGCGCAACGAGCCGCGGCGCGGCCGGCCGGCCGAGGUGCUGCCCUACCGGCAGGAGAACGUGCUCAACCGCAACGUCUACUACAGCCACGAGUUCGCGCUGUUCUCGAGGCAGCCGCCGUCGCCGCCGCCGCCGCCGCCUGCCCCGCGAACCGAGUCCGCCGGCCUGAGCGCGGAGGAGCGCGAGUUCCUCGAGGGACUGAGCAGGAGGAUGGAGGCGCGGCGGAGGGACAGGCAGCGGUGCAGCCGCGGCCGCGCGGUCCGACGCUUCCUCGCGUUCCUCCUCUUCUUCCUGCUGCACGGCUGCAUCGCCGCGCUCGCCAACAACUACCGGCAGUACCAGACCUUCCUGGCGACGCAGUUCUGCGGCUUCAUCACCAUCAUGUUCUGGGACGCGAGCUGAGAUGUGUGUACAUUGUACGUGCAUACACGAGCUUUCGAACGACUGUCAGAAUAAAGAGCCGCCGACUUGCGUCACGCCACUCGUGAGUA